CAAUCUCUCUUUUUCGCUCCCUCCACUCUCAUCCCCUCGCGUUUUCUGUCACGCCACGCGACUUCGCCCGCACAUCACGAGCAACCCAACGAGAUGACGAAGAGGACGAAGAAGGCGGGGAUCGUGGGCAAGUACGGCACGCGGUACGGCGCGUCGCUGCGCAAGCAGGUGAAGAAGAUGGAGGUCAGCCAGCACGCCAAGUACUUCUGCGAGUUCUGCGGCAAGUUCUCUGUGAAGCGGCAGGUGGUGGGCAUCUGGCACUGCAAGCACUGCAACAAGACCAAGGCCGGCGGGGCCUAUGUGCUCAACACGGCAGCAGCAGUCACGGUGCGCAGUACCAUUCGCCGGCUUCGGGAGCAGGUCGAGAUCUAAGUGUGAUCUAAGGGACUCGUGUGCACGUGUGAUGUGAAUGUGGUGCGACAUGCCGGUGCAAUGUUGGGGUAGAUGCUAGGCGAUGAUGGAAGGAUGAAAGCAGCCUCUUGGCUUUGUGUCAUGGAAGGAACGUACUUACUGUGUUCAAUGGCUCAUUGGUCUGGUUUGCUCUAAUGCGUACAGUAGUGUACCCCUGGGCGGAGGGUACUGGUGAGCGUUUACUUAUAUGGAGCUUUGCACAGUCAGUAGCUGAUGUUGUAACGGAUUUGGUGAACAUUGUCCCUGCACAUGCUCCACUAACGGGGCAGUCUAAAUCUACCGAAAAGCAGUCACGUUCCACUACACGCCCCCUCCCCGCCCUCGUAGUCUGGCGCCUAAACCCUAGACCGGCGCGCGAUUGCUCUGUGAUGUUGCUUUCCGCCAAAAAUUCGCAGAAUCCCACUAAUUAUCGCAGGAUAAUCUAGCUAUGAGGCGCCUCGAGAAGAAUCCGCAGAAUUUCGUAGAAUUGCGCAGAAUUGCGCGCGCAGAAUGAUGAUGAUGAUGAUGAUGAUGAUGUCGCACAGAAUUCCGACUCCUUGCUCCCUACUAAUAAUACCGCUGCACUGGAGAGAAAAGUGCUAUUUCCUUACACCCUCUCGUUUCGGUUUCCGCAUCCCCAGCCGUCCCCUUUGCUCUAUUCCGCACGCUUCCCCUUCUCUUCCCGUUCCCCACGUCCUCUCCUUGCGCCUUCUCAUCCCCUUCCCCCCCCGCCCAUCCCCCUCCCCCCCCCCCCCCCCUCUUGUCCUCCGCGGCGCCUCGCACCAGCAUCUACCUCCGAGCCCUACGCACCAUCCUCGAUAUCAGCACCACCAUCAGCAGCAGCAGCAGCAGCAGCAUCAGCAGUGGCGGCGCCAUCUCGCGCCUCCCGUGUCUCCACUCUCCUGCAGUGGCUGCAGGAGAACGGUGGCCAUGCAGAGCGGCCUGCACCAGCAUCCAUUCACCCCCAUCCCAUCUUCCCCGCUCCCCUGUAUCUCCACCGCUCCAAUCUUCCCCGCUCUUCCACGGCUCAUCCGGUCUUAUCCUUCUCACCCUCCAAGAGCCAUCACCACAACUCCCGCCCUCUCAGUCGUCUGCACCUGCCGCCCGACACCCCCAACCCCGCC